AACUGGAUUUCGUUGCAUUUUCGCUUCCCGUUUAGUGAGAAUCCUCAGUUGUUGCCGAUCUCUGGACCAAGAAUGUUGUUGACAGUCAAAUGGAUUCUGUUCCCUGGCUUUUUGUGGCUCUUCUCGACGGGGCUUUUUCCCUGGACAAGAGCUCAAGAUCUUUGCCAGCCCCGGGGUUGGCGCAAUUUCGAGUGCCUUGAAGUGGCCUCUCUGGAGGAUCUAGUGGAUCUGGGGGCCGAGAACUGGCACACACUCAGCAUCCGGAACGAGAAUACAGAGCUGGAGGUGGGGUCAGGGGAAUUCCUCGAUCACUUGGCCAACCUGGUCGAGCUGGAUUUAACCAAGGCAGCUCCAUUUAACCUAAACGGUAGCGGUUUCUCGAUUCUGCCCAAUCUGCGAUAUCUGAACCUCAGCGGGUGUGGGCUUGACAACCUCCAGGGAAACCACUUUGCGGCUGAGUCAGCACUCCAACGACUCGAUGCCAGCCACAAUCAGAUAGUGAUUUUGGAUCGGGACUUUUUCAUAAAUCUUCGCAAGCUGAUUUAUGCAAAUUUCUCAUACAACAGUCUCACCGACUGCGAUCUGCCACACAUGCCGUUGCUCAAUCGCCUGGAACUGGGGCACAAUCGAUUGGUGGGCGCCACAUUCGGUGUGUGCCCCCAGUUGCAGCAGCUGAUCCUCAACGACAACCAACUAGCUCAGCUAGACGUCAACGCAUUCCGUGGGUUGCAUGGUCUCCUGGAACUGCAACUCAGCGGCAACAGGCUAUCCUCCAUUGGACAGGAAACCUUUCAGCCCCUCAACCAGCUGAGGGUACUCAACCUCUCCCGCAAUGCCCUGGAUGCACUGCGUCCCAAUGUGUUCGGAGCAGCCCAGAAUUUCAUGCUGCAUCUGCAACAGCUGGAUCUAUCAGGGAAUCGGAUUAGGCUGCUGUUUGAUAACCAAUUUCGGGCCCUGGCCAGACUCCAACUGUUGGAUGUGUCCAGGAACAGCAUCGCCAGCCUGAGUGCCGGACACUUUGUGGGCUUGGGAGCACUGCGAAAGCUGUAUCUGCAGUCCAACGACAUUCUGGAGAUCAAGCCCGACACCUUUGCAGCACUCAUGAACCUGGACACCCUUGACUUGUCGUACAACAGCCUGGAGUUUCUGGAGGAGCAGAUCUUCGGGUCCAACACUCUGCUUCGUAUGCGAAAGCUCAACCUGAAUGGCAAUCACCUGAAGCGUCUCCAUCCGCUGGCCUUAUCGUCGCUGCCUUUCCUGGAAUAUCUGUCCUUGGGACACAACGAACUAAAAUCCCUCGAUGUGCGCAUGUUUGCGCCCAUGCGACGCCUACAGAAGCUCCAUCUGGGUCACAACCAGCUGGAAGAGAUCACCAUCGAUGUGCUGGAGAGCUUGAGCAGCGUGUCCGAAGUCUUGGUGGACAACAACCGCCUGACAUUUCUGGCCAAGGUAAACGUCAGCUUUCCCAACCUGAAACGGGUGGCCAUCGAGGGCAAUCCUUGGCAGUGUCCGUGCUUUGUAAAGCUACAGCACUGGCUGGCCACCAGGGAGGUGGUUUAUCUGCGGGACAACACGGCCUACUACAAAGGUGAACGACCCCUCUGCAUUGUGACAUCGGUGGACCACUGCAUCCAGAAUCUGCAGGCAGUCCGGAAACUAAACAUCCUUGGCGUUUAUCAGGGGGAGCAGGUAGAGGCCGAUGCCUUCGAGGAAGAUAUCAGUGCUGCCGAAGACUGA